CCACGCGUGGAGAUAAACUCACUGCACUUACCACGCCAAUCUUUACCACGCACACAAUCAAGUCAGUAAACUAAAGGAAAAAAAAUCCGCAAAAUUAUCUGUACCAUUAAUCAGAACAUUAAAAUGGCACACAUUAUACUAUACGUAUUGCUUACACAAUUUAUGCACCUUUAUUUCCAGAAACCUGGAGCCAUUAUGACAUUCUGAACAACCUUUAUGUGCAUUUAAGAAAGCUCUUUUCUGCCACAGCUUCGAUAUGAAAUGGACACCAUAGCAAAAAAAAACAUAAAACUGAACUAGAUUAAAUACCAUCCUUCUUUUCAAUCGGUGUCACAAUUAAUGAAAGCGCCGUAAUUUGGUUGUGUUUCGCAUCACCAAACAACACCAGCCACAUGCCAUGCCCCAUUGUCCCAAUCUACAUGUCAAAACAAACGAAACACAUCCUCAAAAGUCUUCAAGCUAAUGAUUUAACUACUGAAGCCAAACUGAUUGAAUCAAAAUCGUACGAACAAAAUUAUUCUUCAAAACAACGUUGCUCCAGUUAUACAGUUAUACAACCUGUAAGCGCUCCUGGAAAAUUAUUUAGCUAGUGAACCGAUCAUGAUUACUCAAAUAAAACAGAAUCCGAGAUGAAAAUAAGGCUUCGAAAGCGGAAAAAAUUCCGACCAACUCUCAUUCCGAUUUCAGAAGACGGGGACUCGAAUUCAAACUGUACCUCUGCUGUUUCUUCUGCGCUCUCAAACUACAACGAAUCAGUUUUACAUUCAGGUCGAGAAAGUCCCACAAGUGAACUUAUAAACUGCACUGAGUAUUAUAACCGUGAGUUUUAUCCAUGCUCAGACACAGAUUUGGAAUCAAAAGCAAAAAUUCAGACUUCUUUGGCAACAAAUCCUUCCGAGCACCUAUCCAAAACAUCACACCUUGUAAAAGUUGAAACCAAAGAAAGCGCUGCAACAGUUCAACAUAAAAUAUCCCAACAUGAAAGCCAAACGGCCAAAAAACUCCCUGAAAAAUAUGGCGCUCAGCUGGCCAAUUUUCAGUCAUCUAGUCCGCACUAUAGUAAUAAGAACGGCUCAAGUCCUUCAAGCCAACUUCGAAGACGGAAAUCUAAGAUUCCAGUCCUUUCACGUAGGAAGUCUUUCGAGAACAACAAUGCAGCUCAAACACAGGGUGCAAUUGGUCUGGAAACGGCUCCUGCACAGGCCAACAUGUCACUGCCUGACCUUAGCGCAAUGCGAACAGCUUUGAGGAUGCCUCCCAACCUACAAAGGAUAGAGGCUAUGGUCGAGGCUGAUGACUCGCUACGAAUGACUAAUCAUCAGGCUAAGACGCCCACGAAACUUCCAGGGAUCAAAGAGAAUAACAACUUUUCAUUCAGCAAACAGGCGACGGAAAACCUCCACUUGGGUCCCAUUCUGGAAUCAAUUGAGGACCAGGACAAGCUGACUCUUCCAGAACUCCGUUGCGAGAUCCUACGCAAACUACACAGACGAAUGUCAUCCCGAAAGAGCCCCGACCCAGAGAUGAGCAGGGAAAGAGAUCAAAAUAGACGAAAACCAGCAGUCGCUUCCGGGAAUAAGCUACCCUGGAUGAGUCAUUCCAGUCCGAACAUCUCUUCAGAAGACCCAAAAAGUAUGUUCAGUCCCCGAAAAACAGAUAUGACAACGGAAGACGAUUUAGUCCAAAUCAAAAAAGACGACCAUGAUCUCGCAACUCAGAAAUUCAUAGAACUCAAAAGAUUGAGGGAUUCACAUGCAAAGCAUCAACAAAACACAAAGUUCGAAUGCGAUUCACCGAGCUAUAAAUUAUUGGAGUAUUAGAGGAUUAAAUUUUUUAAUUCA